CAACUUUAGGUAAACAAAACCAAAGUCAAUUUCCCUUCUCACUAACUCUAACUCAUCCAACCACCUGAAAAAACUCUCUCUCUCUCUCUCUCUCUCUCUCUCUCCACUUCAACCACCACCGCCACUUUCAAGUUCCAACACAAACACAAACUCAAAAAACAACAAAACAAACCUUAAUAUCCCAAAAAAAAAAAAACAAAUCAUUAUUUUUAGUUUCAAUGGAACAAAACAACUUCACAAGAAAACCACCACCAGUCAUAAUUGACUUAGAAACCAUGCCACCAUCACGUGGGACCCACCACCGCCGUUCACACUCAGACACCACCUUCCGUUUCGCAGCAAACUUCGACGAUCUUCUCACCUUUGACCCUUCCGACUUCGAUAUCUCCAACCUCCCUCUUCUGUCCCCUGACGCUGUCCCGAUGGACUCUGAUGAGUCCAUCGGGAAGUCAGCGUCAGAGGGACGGCAUCUUAGGAGUUUAUCUGUGGAUUCUGAGUUUUUUGAUGGGUUAGGGUUUGGUGGUGAAGGGGAAAAGGUUGAAGAGAGGAAGGUGAGUAGACAUAGGUAUAGUAGUUCGAUGGAUGGGUCUGAGAUGGGGUUGUUUGAGGUUGGUGAUGGUGUGAAGAAAUCUAUGCCAGCUGAGAAACUUGCUGAACUUGCUCUUAUUGAUCCUAAGAGAGCUAAAAGGAUUCUUGCUAAUAGGCAAUCCGCUGCACGAUCAAAAGAGAGGAAAACUCGAUAUACAAGUGAGCUGGAGAGGAAAGUGCAAACACUUCAAACUGAAGCAACUAACCUCUCUGCGCAACUUACAACCCUUCAGAGAGACACUACUGAUUUGACUGCUCAGAAUAAGGAGCUCAAAAUGAAGUUAGAUGCCUUCGAGCAACAAGCACAGCUUAGAGAAGAUCUAAAUGAAGCAUUGAAGAAAGAACUUCAACGCCUUAGGGCACAAAAGAAUCAUUUGACUGCCGUAGCCGGUAAUCCUUCAUUCAACGGGAUGUUCUCGCAAUUUGCUACACAAUUAACCAUGCAACAGAUGAGUAAUCCUCAACCCCAGCAGACACAACCUGGCAUGCCGCCUUCUCGUUCUGAUCAACCCUUCAACGGUCGUGGCCGCUCUAACUUCAUGGACUUCAAUUACCAAAAGUAGCUCGUAUACAACAUCAAUGUAAAUGAUUUGGUUACAGAAUAUAUUCAUCCCAAGUAACAUGUUGUAUAAAUAUGUCUGUAUUACAUAUAUCAGUGUCCUUAAUCCUAUGAUGUUUUAUGUAUCUUCUACAGUUUAAGGUAGAAACAUGUCCUAUUAUUUUGUACUUUCUGCAGUUUUAUAGGUUAGAAGUGUUCACCCUUUGAAUUUGUGUUACAGUUCUCUGGUGAAAACAUAGUUAACAUAAAGAUUUAGAAGAACUAGUUGAUUAUAGAUGGUGGUUAUGGAACCACAUAACAUGUUGUAAAUGUUUGAAGUUAAAGGAUCUUCUUUUUAUUGCCUUUGUUUUAA